UCGAGUUCUCUAGAAUUCGUCUGCACCCUUCGUGCAGUAUAAACCACAGUCGCAUUAAGCAAGCAAGCAUUCGUGGCCUCUGGAGCGUGCAGCCAUGGAGGCACCACCACCAUGGGUGUCGUCCUCCCUCGCGGUCCUUCUGGCCACCGCCCUCUUCUUCCUCGCGGCCGCUCUCCGCCGGCGACGAGCGCGCAAUAAGCGCAACCUCCCGCCGGGCCCUUCGCCGUGGCCGGUGAUCGGCAACCUGAACCUGAUCGGCCCGCUGCCGCACCGCUCCAUCCGCGAGCUCUCGGCGCGGUACGGCCCGCUCAUGUCGCUCCGCUUCGGCUCUUUCCCCGUCGUCGUCGGCUCCUCCGUCGACGCCGCCGAGUUCUUCCUCAAGACCCAGGACCUGGCGUUCCUCGACCGGCCCCGGAUGGCGUGCGGCAAGUACACCGUCUACAACUACUCCGGCAUGCUGUGGUCGCACUACGGCGCGUACUGGCGCCAGUUCCGCAAGCUCUGGCUCACGGAGCUCCUCAGCGCGAGGCAGCUCCGGCAGACGGAGCGCGUCCGCGCCGAGGAGGUGCGCGCCAUGCUGCGCGACCUCCGCCGCGCGGGCGCCGCCGGCGCGGCGGCGGCGGUGGUGGUCAAGGAGCACCUGCUCAUGGUGACGCUCAACGUCGUGUCGCGCAUGGUGCUGGGCAGGAAGUACGUCGGCGAGGGGGCCGGCGCGGGGGCGGCGGCCGCGACGCCGGAGGAGUUCCGGUGGAUGAUCGAGGAGAUCUUCUUCCUCAACGGCGCGCUCCACAUCGGGGACAUGGUCCCGUGGCUCGGCUGGUUCGACCCCAACGGGUACGUCGGCCGGAUGAAGAGGCUGGGCAAGAUGUUCGACCGGUUCGUCGAGCACGUGCUGCGCGAGCACGAGGACCGCCGGCGGCGAGAGGGCCAGGCGUUCGUGCCCAACGACAUGGUCGACCAGCUGCUGCAGCUCGCCGACGACCCCAGCCUCGACGUCCCCAUCGACCGCGACGGCGUCAAGGCAUCCAUCCUGGAGCUCAUCACCGGCGGGACGGACACCUCGUCGGUGACAGUGGAGUGGGCCAUGUCGGAGCUCCUGAGGAAGCCCGAGGUCCUGGCCAAGGCCACCGAGGAGCUGGACCGCGUGGUCGGCCGCGACCGGCUGGUCGCGGAGGGGGACAUCCCGAGCCUCCCCUACCUGGACGCCGUGGUGAAGGAGACCAUGCGGCUGCACCCGGUGGUGCCGCUCCUGAUACCGCGGGUGUCCCGCGAGGACACGUCCGUGGCCGGGUACGGCAUCCCCAGGGGCACGCGCGUGCUCGUCAACGUCUGGGCCAUCGGGCGCGACCCGGCGGUGUGGGGGGACGCGGCGGAGGAGUUCCGGCCGGAGCGGUUCGUCGGGAGCGAGGUGGACGUGAAGGGGCAGGACCUGCGGCUGCUGCCGUUCGGGUCCGGCCGCCGGAUGUGCCCCGCCCACGGCCUCGGGCUCAGGAUGGUGCAGCUGGUCCUCGCGAACCUGGUGCACGGGUUCGCGUGGAGGCUCCCCGACGGCAUGGCGCCGGAGAAGCUGAGCAUGGAGGAGAAGUUCGGGAUUUCCGUGUCGCGAAUGGAGCAGCUCAAGGCCAUCCCUGAGCCCAAGCUCCCGGAUCACCUCUACUAGCUAGCUAGUUCGGGCAUUCUAAUUAAGGUUGUCUCUGCCUUGCUCCUGCCACGUCACAUUGUGGUGUAGAGUACGCAUGUAUCGUGUCGCCGCAUAUCAUUAUUGUACUUCAAAACAAGAUAAGUGUGAAGUGGCAUCUUCUGUAGUUGUGCUAAUUGUGUCCACGUUGCAUGUACACUCUAUUUAAUAUCUGUUAAUUAUGUAUGAUACGGAAGGAUAAGUCCAAA